AUGGAAACUCACCCUCUACUUUGCACCCCUGAGUUAGGGUUAGGUUUCUCAAGGUUGCAUCACUGCUAUCCAUUCACACCCCUGCCAAAUGUCACUUGUCGCCCAUUCCUAAUUCCAGGACCUCCAGAAUCUUCCAACAGUGAUGCCAUAAUCUUACAUCAAUUUCCUGGACCUCUGGAAAUCCCUCACACCUCGGAAGCAUCCAUUGGAUCUUACUAUGUGGCACCUGCACAGGUAUUCCCAUCCUCAUUGCCUACGAAGACCUCAUCCUCUCCAAACCCUGACAGCCCCCCUGCUGCAUCUACUGAUUCUCCCAAUAUGCCACCUCUUGCCUCUGAUGUCUCUGACAAUGGGAGUCUUGAUCAUGCUCCAAAUCUUUACCUCCUAGCCAAUGUCAGCGAAUAUGUUACAGCAUCCAAAGGACACAGCAGCAAUCCUCAGGAAUUCAUGGUCUACAGCAAUGAUGUACUAAUUCACCAACCCUCCAAUGAUGUUAGCAGAUCCUGGCGAUCCAUUCCUUUUGACACCUCUACCCCUGUUCAAGAUGUUGAUCCUUUGGAAUGA